CAAUGAGCCGCCAUAUUGGAUUGGGAAGCCAAACCCCUCUUUCAUUCCGCGAAGAAAGGACAGGAGACACUUCCAGAGGAGUUUACGGAAGUGUGGGCUGUAAAAUCCGAAUCGUUACACCCAUAGAGGUGAUACCUGAGUUCGGGUUCGUCUCCGGUAUUUUGUUACCGAGUUUUGAGCGACUUUUGCUGCAAUGGCGACCGCGACGCCGACCGGUCAGAGGAGCACGUGUGGCGGCGGCACACCGCUGAGCCCGACGAGGAUCACCAGGCUCCAGGAGAAACACGACCUGCGGGACCUCAACGACCGCCUGGCCGUCUACAUCGAUAAAGUCCGCAGCUUGGAGUCCGAAAACGACGUCCUCCAUCUGCAGAUCAACGAGAAGGAGGACGUGAGGAGCCGGGAGGUGUCCGGUCUGAAGGCUCUGUAUGAGACCGAGCUCGCUGACGCCAGGAGGAGCCUGGAUGAGUCCUCUAAGGAGCGGGCCUGGCUGCAGAUCGAGCUGGGCAAGAUCAGAGCUGACCAUGAGCAGCUCCUGCAGAACUACAGUAAGAAGGACUCUGAGGCGGCCGGCGCUCAGGCCCGGCUGAAGGACCUGGAGGCUCAGCUGAACUCUAAAGACGCGAUGUUGAGCACGGCGCUGUCUGAGAAGAGGAACCUGGAGGCCACGCUGGCAGAUAUGCAGGAACAGCUGCAGGAGCUGGACACCGGUCUGGCUCAGGCUAAGAAGCACCUGGCUGAUGAGAUGCUGCUCCGUGUCGACCUGGAGAACCGCUGCCAGAGUAUGACCGAGGAGAAGGACUUCCGCAAGAGCAUGCACGAGGAGGAAGUGAAGGAGGCCCGGCACCGGUACGAGACCCGUCUGGUGGAGGUGGAUUCUGGACGGAAGGAGGAGUACGAGUACAAACUGUCUCAGGCUCUGACCGACAUGAGAACUCAGAACGAGGAGCAGAUCAUGAUCUACAAGGAAAACAUGGAGAGCACCUACCUCACCAAGCUGGAGGAUCUUCACCGUCUGUCCGAGAUGAACGGAGCCUCAGCCAACAUGGCCCGAGAGGAGCUGAGAGAGUCUGCGCUGAGGAUCGAGAGUCUGAGCGCACAGCUGACAGGACUGCAGAAGGAGACUCGUGGUUGGCGCGAUCGUAUUUCAGAGCUGGAGGCGGCGCUCAUUCAGGAGAAAGAUUUGAGCCGCAGGAUGCUCGCCGACAAAGACAUGGAGAUGGCCGAGGUCCGUGCCAAGAUGCUGCAGCAGCUCAACGAGUACGAGCAGCUGCUGGACGUCAAAUUGGCCCUCGACAUGGAGAUCAACGCCUACAGGAAACUCCUGGAGGGAGAGGAGGAGAGACUGCAGUUGUCUCCCAGCCCGUCCUCUCGGGUCACCGUGUCUCGAGCCUCCAGCAGCCGCAGCGUUCGCACCACUCAGGGGAAGAGGAAGCGCGUGGACGUGGAGGAACAAGAGGCCAGCAGCUCGGUGUCCAUCGCUCACUCCGCCUCGGCCACCGGACCCGUCUGCAUCGACGAGAUCGACACGGACGGGAAGUUCAUCAGUCUGCAAAACAGCGGAGACGAGGACCAGGCCAUGGUGGGAUACGAGAUGAUCAAGACGAUCGGAAGUGAGACGGCCACUUACAAGUUCACUCCUAAAUACGUGCUGAAGGCGGGACAGAAAGUCAUGGUGUGGGCCUCUGACGCAGGUGUGAGCUCCAAACCCCCCGCAGACCUGGUGUGGAAGAACCAGAGCUCCUGGAGCAACGGGGAGGACAUCCACGUGGUGCUCAUCAACCCUCAGGGAGAGGAGGUGGCAAAGAGAACCACCAUAUACACAACUGAAGCAGUCGAGCAGGAGGAAGAUGAUGAUGAAGAAGAGGCUGAGGAAGAAUUCCUCCACCAGCAGGGAGACCCUCGCACCGCUAAGAGAGGCUGCUCCAUCAUGUGAUCACUCCGCACCAACCAGGCACCUCCUCCUCCUCCUCCUCCUCCUCUGAGCCCAGCCAGUCUGCUGCCAACUGUAAUACUAGAACUAUUUUUCUAUCUUUUGUAGUGUAUUUCAAUAAAAUGUAUGGAUUUUAUUUUGUCUUUCAAUUUCACAUAAAAGUACAAAAAAGAGUUUUUCGGUAGAAGAACCAAAAGAACAUAUCGACACCGCUUUGUAGUUUUUACUGUUAUAAAACAUUCGACAACCAGCUGAACUCAGACGGACGGCGAGUUUUUGCCAUGUCAUUUUUUAAAUAGAUUUUAAUUUUGUUAUUUUAUUAUAUAUUUUAUCUUAUUUUAUUAUGGAUGCUUCAUUUUAGGCCUUCAAAACCACAAGCAAGGUCGCGAGACGUCAGCGACAGUUUCGGUCUUUAAAUCACUUCACAAUUUGUAAAAAAAACUACUACAGCAAGAUUGUAAAAAAACAAAAAAAAAACACUAUUCACUUCCUUAAAGGAGUAAUAUGUAACCAUGACCUCUAGUGGUUAAAAUGGGUACUGCAGUCCAAAUUCUAAACAUCACAGAGAGCUGUCUCCCCCCCUCCUCUCUAGAGUCGAUGCUCACUCAGGUCACCAUGUGGUGGACACUGUAGCUUCAGUGUUUAUCCAGCUCUGCAUCGGUCUGUAAACCUUUCUGUGUUCUAACCUCUCUCCAUUUUUCAAAAACAUCUCCAAUAUUGAUCCUAGUUUGAGCACGUUUCUGCUCGUGGAGCUUAUUAGAAACAUGCAGAGGCUUUUUAGGUCGGGUACAAUCACUUCUAUCUGAACCACUUCUCUUGCCCGCUUCCAUCACUGCAACACCUGUUGACCUGAUAACUGCUCUCAUAUCUGACAAACCGAGGGGCGUGCAAAACGGCUGUGUGGGGGCGCCUUAAAACCGUCUACCUUCUCUGGUCCAAACAAAUCCAGAGCAUUCAGGACCAGAAUCUAAAGUUAGAAGGAGGACAUACUGACUGCUGCAUUGUUGUCAGAGAAGCACUUCAACAUGUUUCAUUAAUGUCUGAUCAGAUAGUAAGCUCACUUUAUCAUUUCACUCACUAGAUUUCUUACAUAUUGCUCCUUUAAAUUUCCUCCUGGGAUGAGUUUGGACCUGAACAUGACAAAAAGUCAGAUUUAAAAAUGUUGAAACAUCGGUUUAGGACAUGUUUCUGCUCGUAUCUUGAGAAGAAAAAAAACUGAAAAAAGCAAACCAUGAUUGUAUGAUUGUAUUCAAAGAAAGUCAGAAAGUGUUUGAAGUUUGAUUGCAGAUGUUUAACCCCGUGUUGCAGAAAGUGUUUGGACUCAAACCGGCCUGGAAGCGACUUCCUGCUCUAGUUUUCAUCAUUUUCCUCCAAAUAAAAAGAAGCUCCAGAAUAAUGUGACAAAUUGUAAGACGCUCAUUCUGCACUCCGGGGUUUAAAUGCUGCAAACAUUUCUGUCUCUGACUUUGAAUACGUGUUGCACCACUAAUAAAAAGUGUUGAUUGUAUUCUUAACUUUUGCUCUUUGAACUGUUUGAAGUAAGUUUUGUGUUGGUGUGUUAAAUGCAUGCUCUGACUUGUAGCCUUUGUAGCUGAAUGAUUAAAUGUUUUCUUGUA